AUGGCUAGUGACAGUUUCUGUAGUGUGGAUGUGAUAGAUAAAUUAAUCUUGAAAAGACGUGUGCAUAGUGAUGCUUUAAGGGCGGUGUUGAUAGGUGGUGAGGUAGAUGAUGAUGAUGCUAAGAUGAGAGAAUAUGUAAAUUGGAUCAAAUCUUACCAACCAUACAGGAAGAAGUUUGAAGAGAGAAUGCCAUUUGGACUAUGUAAUGCUCCAGCAACAUUUCAACAGUGCAUGAUGGAUAUCUUUUUGGAUAUGGUGGAGAGAAGUAUUGAGAUUUUUAUGGAUGACUUUUCUGUUUUUGGCUCUUCGUUUGAUAUGUGUUUGGGUAACUUGGAAAAUGUAUUGAAUCGUUGUUAA